AUGUCUCUCACCAGCAAGCUUUCCAUCACAGAUGUGGAUCUCAAGGACAAGCGUGUCCUGAUCCGAGUUGACUUCAACGUACCCCUCGACAAGAAGGACAACACCACGAUAACCAACCCCCAGCGUAUUGUUGGUGCUCUGCCCACGAUCAAGUAUGCUAUCGACAAUGGCGCUAAGGCCGUUGUUCUGAUGUCCCAUCUCGGCCGUCCCGAUGGCCACAAGAACCCCAAGUUCAGUUUGAAGCCUGUUGUGCCCAAGUUGAAGGAAUUGCUCGGCCGCGACGUUAUCUUCACCGAUGACUCUGUCGGCAAAGACGUUGAGGAGACCGUCAACAAGGCCUCUGGCGGCCAGGUAAUCCUUCUUGAGAACCUGCGCUUCCACGCCGAGGAGGAGGGUAGCUCCAAGGACGAACAGGGCAACAAGAUCAAGGCCGACAAGGAAAAGGUUGCUGAGUUCCGUAAGGGACUUACUGCCCUUGGCGAUAUCUACAUCAACGAUGCUUUCGGUACUGCCCACCGUGCCCACAGCUCCAUGGUCGGUGUCGACCUCCCCCAGAAGGCCUCCGGUUUCCUCGUGAAGAAGGAACUCGAAUACUUCGCCAAGGCCCUCGAAUCGCCCCAGCGCCCCUUCCUCGCUAUCCUUGGAGGCUCCAAGGUCUCUGAUAAGAUCCAGCUGAUCGACAACCUUCUCCCCAAGGUCAACAGCCUGAUCAUCACCGGUGGUAUGGCAUUCACCUUCAAGAAGACUCUCGAGGGUGUCAAGAUCGGCAACAGCUUGUUCGACCAGCCCGGUAGCGAGAUUGUCGGUAAGAUCGUGGAGAAGGCCAAGGCCAACAACGUCAAGAUCGUUCUCCCCGUCGACUACGUCACCGCUGAUAAGUUCGCUGCCGACGCGAAGGUUGGCUACGCCACAGACGAGCAGGGAAUCCCUGACGGCUUCAUGGGCUUGGAUGUUGGCAAGAACAGUGUCGAGUCCUACAAGCAGACCAUCGCUGAGUCCAAGACUAUCCUCUGGAACGGACCCCCUGGUGUUUUCGAGCUGGAGCCCUUCGCUACCGCUACCAAGGCUACUCUCGACGCUGCUGUGUCGGCUGUCCAGAACGGCGCUACCGUUAUCAUUGGCGGUGGUGACACAGCUACCGUUGCCGCUAAGUACGGCGCUGAAGAUAAGAUCAGCCACGUCUCCACUGGCGGUGGUGCCUCUUUGGAGCUCCUCGAGGGCAAGGAACUGCCUGGUGUUUCUGCUCUGUCAAGUAAGUAA